UCUUCCUCCCUCGCAGAGAGUGAGCUGUUACGGAGCAGAGGUGAGAGGUGUGCAUUCUCUUGGACGGAUCCCAUGGCCUCUCCGGCGAGGGCCCAAUCCCUACGCUACCACCCACUCUUCAUUAUCUUGGCAACCCUCUCAUUGCUACAGACGGUUACAGCACAGGAUGAGCAGCAGGCAGCUGACAGGGUGUUCUUCCUCCCUGGCCAGCCAAGGAGCCCGCAGGUCUCUCAGUUCUCUGGCUACAUCAUUGUGGAGAGGCACAGUGGCAGGGCACUCUUCUACUGGUUCUUUGAGGCCCAGAAACUGCCCUCUCAGAAGCCUCUCCUGCUGUGGCUCAAUGGAGGUCCUGGUUGCUCAUCUGUGGGCUUUGGAGCAGCUUCUGAGCUGGGGCCUCUCAUGAUCAACGGAAGUGGAACAGGUUUGGAGUUCAACAAGUUUGCAUGGAAUAAAGAGGCUAAUUUGCUGUUCUUGGAGUCUCCUGUUGGAGUUGGUUUCUCCUACACGAAUACAUCCUCUGAUCUGGACAAACUAAACGACCGUAUUGUAGCUGAAGAUACCUAUACCUUCUUGGUGAGUUGGUUCAAGAGGUUUCCUCAGUACAAGAACCAUGAAUUUUACAUCUCCGGAGAGAGCUAUGCGGGCCAUUAUGUUCCUCAGCUUGCGGAAGUGGUGUAUGAGCGCAACAAGCACCUCGAAACAAAUCAACAAAUCAAUUUAAAAGGAUUCAUUGUUGGCAAUGCAGAGACUAACGAUUACUAUGACUACAAGGGGUUAGUCGAGUUCGCUUGGAGCCACUCGGUGAUCUCAGAUCUACUUUACGAGCGUGUCAAUAGCAUUUGCGACUUCAGGCUCUCUUCCUGGACCAAAGAGUGCAAACAUGUAAUGGCAUCGGUCUAUACCCAGUAUGAUAAGAUCGACAUUUACAACGUAUAUGCACCAAAGUGCAACACUGAAGAAUCAGCACAGCUCUCUACCUCAAAUAGCACACCUGACUUGAAUGCCAAGAGAAGGUUGAGAAGAAUCAGGAUGUACUCAGGUUAUAAUCCUUGCUACUCCACCUACAUCGAAGAUUAUAUGAACAGGAUGGAUGUGCAGAAAUCACUUCAUGCGAAUAUCAGCGGAUGGAUUAAGGAUAGACGAUGGAGUGUCUGCAGUUAUUCAAUUUUCGACAACUAUGACAACAGUGUCUUUUCUGUUCUUCCUAUUUACUCUAAGCUUGUGAAGGCAGGACUAAGAAUUUGGGUCUACAGGGUAGUUGACCAUGAGCCAUGUCAAUGUCAUGACCUUGGGCAGGAGAGAUAUAAUAGUGGGGACGUGGAUGGCAGGGUUCCUUUUAUUGGUUCCCGGUACUGUGUAGAAGCACUUGGGUUAGCUGUCAAGUCACAGUGGCAACCAUGGUACUUAAGCAAUCAGGUCGCGGGAAGGUUUGUUGAAUAUGAAGGAUUGACAAUGGCCACCGUGAGAGGAGCAGGCCAUGCAGUGCCCCAAGACAAGCCUGCAGAGUCCCUCGUGCUAAUCGGUUCCUUCCUUGCAGGCAGACAACUGCCAAUAGGAAAUAACUGAUAGCGGCCAGGCCGGGAUGGCUUCGGGAUUGCAUCUGGGGUUGGGCUUUUUCGAGCCCAGUCCGGGGGUUGAGCUAUAAACAAAAGGAACAAAAUAUGCAGGCUACGCUCUAUACGUCACGAAAUAAACAUUUCCAAUCUAAGCAUAGUGGCAAUUAACCUAUCCAUACGUACCCAAUUUAUGUAUCUCUCCACAUGAACUCUUCACUGAUUGCCCAUGUUUGAUAAGUGUUUCAAGUAAAA